GUUAUCGAGUUGUGCUGAACGUGUGUAAAAAUGAAAAUUGUGAUAGCUUUGCACGAGAAUCUUGUACGUAAUGAAGUUACCUGUGGCUGAAAUUCGUGAGUCUUGUAAAGGAACUGAAAAGGGUUUGCUGAUACAGAUUUUGGCAAUCUUGAUAGAUUUUCCAAAUGUUAAUACGAGACUUUCUUAUCUACUGCUAGAAUUCUAUAAGCAAACACGGAUAACCACAGGAGAAGUUUCAGAUGUUGCGUCAGGAAUUAUGAAGCAAAUUUUUGGAACAUCCUUGCAUAUCUGCACUAAGAUUCUUUGCAGCAUGACUGACAUGUCAAUUCCAAGGAUGACAGUUACGCCUGUUUACUUAGACCUAUGAAGGAAGCGGCGGCGAGCAUCACCACUGGCGGGCGAGAACAGCGGGUAAUUUAAAUGAUGGAUAAUUCAUAACAGUCUAUUCCCAUGGAGGACUACUUUCGUCUGCAGAUCAAUAUUUUGCUAUACAUUAAUUUUGACGAUUCAACGAACCCUGUAUAUUGCUCAAUAAACUGGUAGUGGUGGC